GGCGGCGGAUCCCGCUGCAGUCCGCGCGAGCCGCUGCCGCAGCGGGGCGAGAUUUUCGGUCCCCGGGCCGUCGCGGGGAGUAGUCGGACUCUCCGGCGCCCGUGCUGUGGCUCACGCCGGCCUCUCCCUUGCCGCGUCGGUCCGCUAGCCGGAUCCGGUUGACCAGCUCGCCCUCCGGCUCCCACCCGAGGCUCCGGGCUGCGCAGGGAGCCGCCCACCAGACCCUGCCGGGGGCCGCCACUCUGCCUGUGGGACUCUGUGGUUGAUGACACCCAGCGGAGAGCUGCGAUGGAGGGGGAUGCCUCCGCCUCUCCGGUGACUAUUAAGAAUAUCGAAAAAGAGCUUAUUUGCCCAGCAUGCAAGGAGCUGUUUACCCACCCAUUGAUCCUCCCCUGUCAGCAUAGCAUCUGUCAUAAAUGUGUAAAAGAACUCUUGCUGUCUGUUGAUGACUCAUUCAAUGAUGUGGCAUCAGACAACUCCAAUCAGAGCAGUCCUCGACUUCGGCUCCCCUCCCCUAGCAUGGAUAAAAUUGACAGGAUUAACAGACCAGGCUGGAAGCGUAACUCACUGACCCCCAGACCAACUACUAUUCCUUGCCCUGGCUGUGAGCGUGAUGUGGAUCUGGGAGAACGAGGAGUCAGUGGUCUGUUUCGAAAUUUCACUUUGGAAACAAUUGUGGAGAGAUAUCGGCAGGCAGCAAGGGCAGCCACAGCCAUCAUGUGUGACCUUUGCAAACCACCACCUCAAGAGUCCACGAAGAGCUGCAUGGACUGUAGUGCAAGUUAUUGCAAUGAAUGCUUCAAAAUUUAUCACCCUUGGGGCACUGUGAAAGCUCAGCAUGAGUAUGUGGGCCCCACCACUAAUUUUAGACCUAAGAUUUUAAUGUGCCCAGAACAUGAGACAGAGAGAAUCAACAUGUACUGUGAACUGUGCAGGAGGCCAGUUUGCCACCUCUGUAAGUUGGGUGGGAAUCAUUCCAAUCACCGGGUAACCACCAUGAGCAGUGCCUACAAAACCUUAAAGGAAAAGCUUUCAAAGGACAUUGAUUUCCUUAUUGGUAAGGAAAGCCAGGUGAAGAGUCAAAUUUCUGAACUGAGCUUGUUGAUAAAAGAAACAGAGUGCAAUGGAGAGCGGGCUAAAGAAGAAGCGCUUGCACAUUUCCAGAAGCUCUUUGAAAUUCUUGAAGACAGGAAGUCAUCUGUUGUGAAAGCCAUAGAUUCCUCUAAGAAACUUAGAGUAGACAAAUUCCACACUCAGAUGGAAGAGUAUCAGGGCCUUCUAGAGAACAACGGGCUUGUGGGAUAUGCCCAAGAAGUGCUGAAGGAGACGGACCAAUCUUGCUUUGUACAGACAGCGAAGCAACUCCACCUCAGAAUACAGAAGGCUACAGAGUCUUUGAAGAGCUUUAGACCUGCAGCUCAGACUUCUUUUGAAGAUUAUGUUGUUAAUACAACCAGACAAACAGAGCUUCUUGGAGAAUUGUCCUUUUUCUCUAGUGGCAUAGACAUUCCUGAGAUUAAUGAGGAACAGAGUAAAGUUUACAAUAACGCCUUGAUAAAUUGGCACCAUCCAGAAAAGGAUAAAGCUGAUAGCUAUGUUCUUGAAUAUCGGAAGAUAAAUAGAGAUGAAGAAAUGAUGUCGUGGAAUGAGAUGGAAGUGCACAACACAAGUAAAGUUGUAUCCAAUCUUGAAAGCAACUCUCACUAUGCUUUCAGAGUGAGAGCGUAUAAGGGUUCCAUCUGCAGUCCCUGCAGCAGAGAGCUGAUUCUGCAUACUCCGCCAGCUCCAGUUUUCAGUUUCCUGUUUGAUGAAAAAUGUGGCUAUAAUAAUGAACACCUGUUGCUGAACUUGAAGCGAGACCGGGUGGAGAGUAGAGCUGGAUUUAAUAUUCUUCUUGCUGCGGAACGUAUCCAAGUGGGCUAUUAUACAAGCUUAGACUACAUCAUUGGAGAUGUUGGAAUAACGAAAGGGAAGCACUUCUGGGCCUGCCGUGUGGAACCAUAUUCAUACCUGGUAAAAGUGGGAGUUGCUUCCAGUGACAAACUCCAGGAGUGGCUGCGGUCUCCUCGGGAUGCAGCUAGUCCAAGGUAUGAACAAGACAGUGGGCAUGACAGUGGAAGUGAAGAUGCCUGUUUUGUUUCUUCACCACCUUUUACAUUAGUUACUAUAGGCAUGAAGAAAUUUUUUAUACCCAAGUCACCUACUUCUUCUAAUGAACGCGAAAAUAGAGUUCUUCCCAUGCCAGCAAGUAUCGGGAUUUUCCUUGAUUACGAUAAAGGCAAAGUGAGCUUCUACGAUACGGAUGGGAUGAAAUGCCUCUAUGAGCGCCAAGUGGACUGUUCACAUACAAUGUAUCCCGCAUUUGCGUUAAUGGGCAGUGGAGGAAUUCAGCUUGAAGAACCCAUCACAGCAAAGUAUCUGGAAUAUGAAGAGGACGUGUAGCUUGAGCAUCCCAUGUUACUCGGAUGGAAAGUGUGAAAAACCAAUGCCUAGGUGUUAACCUUUGUAACCAAUUACAUAUGGUUUUCGUCUUCUGUCACCACAUUUGGUUUUGGUGUGUGAUUGUUUUGUUUUGUCCUGGUUUGCUCUGACCCAGGGUCUUGCUACCCAGGCCUUGAACUCUGUCAUCCUGUCCUAGCCUCCUGAGUGCUGGGAUUAUAGGUGUGUACCACCACACCCAGUUAAGAGUCAGAUUCUUAAAAAUAUUGUAAACCUGAACAACCUUGAGUCUUCUGCCUUUCCCCGGUGGUGGGAGUGAAGACUUUCCUACUUAGUACUGAAUGGUUAAAUUUGCAACUGGAUUGCCUUUCUCUUUGGGAAUCUAAUUUAUUUAAGUCAGCAGUGUUGCUGUUAUUUACAUUUCUUUUUAGGGUUGAGAGGAUAACAUUAUUUAUUAUGUUUCUUUAUGUUUGCUUUAUUUCAUUUUUAUCAUGUUCACGUCCAAAGAGAAAAUAUUUUUAAAUGUCUAUUGAUGGAAACUAGUACUAAGCCCAUGUCUUGCAUUUGUUAAUAGGAAAAUAAAGUUGUAGAUAGGUAAAAUGACAAAGGCCAUAAAAUGGUAGUAUAUUUAAGUAGAAAAUUAUGUAUUUUAAAGUGUGUGACUAUUAAGAGUAUAUUGCCUGGAAAACAAAUACCACUCUUUUUAGACCACAAACUGUAUUGGUCAGGAAUCUUCCUGUUGUUGUGGUGCCCAUUGUCUGACAUGUAGCAGGCAUGGUGUCCUAGGAAGCAUUAAGGUUCUUGAACCCAUGCAACUUUUCACUACAUUAUAAUUUUUUUCAGGAAGUUUUAUCUUCAGACUUUCUUACAAUAGAAAAUAACUUGUAUUUAUAACAAAGAAUUAUUUUUCAGAAAUAUUAACUGAAGAUGGACUGAUAUCAAAGUCAUAUCUUCUUGUGUCUUGUGGGUUUUAUUUUUUGGCACAAAUAAUACAUUUUGGAUUUUUCUGAUUUCUGUUUACACGUUCUGAGAAGUUCAUUACCUGUUUCUAGCAGCUUUAAAAUAUCAGAUGUGUUACUGUUCAAUUGUGUGGCAUUUUCUGUGGCUCAUUGUGUGGUAAUAAGCAUUUGUAAUGUAAAUCAGUAAAAAUACAAAGUUAAUUCUUUAGGAAUAAUAGCUAAAGUCAAAAGAAUUGUACCCUUUGAAAAGUUGAGUUUUUUUUUCAACUUGAAGAAUUACACUAAAUUGGGUUUUUGUUUUUUUUUUUGAGUUUAUUAUCAUCACUGGCCUAUAGCUCUCUGCUUCUCCAUACUGCGGUGUGUACCAUUCCUCCAGAAACUGUCAGUUUGUUUUUGAGAAAUCUUGGGGAUGUGUGUAUUUGAAAGAUCAUCUUCUAGAUACCUAAAUCAUCUUUUCAUUAGAUGAUUUUAAUUUACACAGUCUUUUUAAAGAUUAAAAUGCCCAGAAACGAGGAGCUAUGCAUUUAGUACUAAUCUCUAAUGGAAUGUUAUUAGUAUUUUAAUGGAGUAACCACAACUUUUGCAAGAUUUAUUUUUUGUUAUUUUUGUUAUAGCUUUUAGGCCAGUCACAUUGCAUUAGACCCACCUCUGCCUCCUCAAGUACAAAUAUCAUAGAGAAUUUGCGUUUAGUACUUUCCCAUUUAUAUACAGCACUUUAUGACAUAGGAAACCAAGCACAUGUGCAGUGUUAUGUGAGUCAUUGUGCAAUAAAGCUGCUGAGGUCACGUAUAUUCAGUCUGAUACUCUCAAGUCUUGUGUAAGCACAUGUUCUUGUAGACAUUUUAAGAUAAAAGCUUUAAGAGGAAUAGAAAAGAAAUCUGUUUUGAACAUUGUAUCAUUGUAUAUAAAUUAUUCAGUGGAAUACCUUUCAUUUUUAAUAAAAACUAAAAGGAAGUUAAG